CUUGACAUCGACCUUGACUUGUGCUUUUUACCAGACCUGUUACCCUUCAUUUCAUGGACAGUACUGUUGGAUAGCGUGCCUUGGUUAGUGAGCUGUAAUUCGCAUGGGAGUUUUGGGCUUGACGCCGUUCAUUCAGAAGACCUGCCCCGAAGCUAUCAGGACGCUCCAUAACAGGUUACGGGACUUGAGCGGGAGGACCGUUGUUAUCGAUGGCACCCUCAUCACUCAGCGCCUGCAUUUUGCGCCCAUGCCUCAUCGGCAUCGGCAUGUCCUGGGCUGGUAUCGCAUCAUGAAGGAACUGAUAGACUGCAAUGUGCGUGCCAUUUGUGUCUUUGAUGGGAAGGAGCGCAGUCUGGCCAAGGAGUUGGAGAUGGAACGCAGACGGCAUAUCCGCAGGAUGACUGCUGCACGUGGGGCCCUCGAGCUUGAACGGCUGGAGCGUUUGCGAAAGUUGGCCGGCCUGUUGCGGAUGUUGCGGACGCUAGGCAGUCCAGCGCAGGAGCAGGUCGCGGCCAUUUUGCAGGAAUUAACGAGCCAGCCGAACGCUCAGCCACCUCCGGUACCAUCGUGGCUCCCUGCCGUUGAACCGUGGAGGACCGUCAAUGAACCGGAGCUACCGAAGCAUAUCAUCCGAAAUUUCAUAACACCCUACGAAACCUUCGGACAGCUCGAUAACUCUGACAUCUCGGAGUUACUCAAGCUAGAGCCUACUGCCGCACUCGUAAGUCAGCACGUCUCCAGCGCCGAUACAGAUGCCAAUGUUGUGGACGACACUGGUCUCGAGGACGAUGUGGACGAGACUGAUAUUGAGGAGGAUCACGAUGUGGACGAGACUGACAUCGAGGAGGAUCACGAGAAUGUUCACGAUGCGCUCCCCGUGGAGCCCGACCGGGAAGGUCCUAGCGAAGAUGUCUCCGAGGACCCCGGAGUUACCCUCACAGACGACGAUGCUGGGAUGCGGGAGAUCUCUGCACAACUCAGCGAAAGCCUGUCACUCGGUACCGAGGCCCCGAGGGAAACAAAUAUCCCUGACGAAACCCAGGAUGCGGCAGACGAGGGUCACCAGGAGGCAGCUCCAAAGGCGUUCCGCUUCGAGGCUAACUACAGCAUGCCCCUUCCGGACCCGAAGGAGAUCCCGUCGGCGCUGGCCUCACUAUACUACCAGUACCGACAAAGCCUUCCCAAGCUGGCUGCCCUUCCCGCCACUGCUCCCGCGACGAGUGCGGUCGAGACUGUAUCGGAGCAGGAGAAAGCCGCUCUCAAAGAGGAAGCGCAAACAGAACACGCGAUGUCCAAGCGGCAGCACGAGCUGACGAUGGAAGAGGGCGUGUUCUGGGACCACCUAUCCGACGCUCAGCCGAGCCAGCUAGGCGCGGACACCGUUGAGCACGAGCUUGCGGGGCUAGCGGAGAGGAGUAAUAUCAUCUCCCAGUCCUACGAGCGGCGCACACACCCACCUACGGCGGAGACGUAUGUGGAGAGCAAGGAGAUUCUGCGUGCUAUGGGUGUCCCGUGCAUCGAAUCAACAGGACCAUUCGAGGCUGAGGCGCUCGCUUCUUCCCUCGUCCUGCACGGGUACGCAGACUACGUCGCAAGCGAAGACACUGAUGUCCUCGUCUACGAGGCACCUCUCAUCCGGAAUAUCGCCAACCGGAGCGGGCCUUUACUCGUGAUAUCGGGUACGGAUGUACGCGCAACGCUGCAGCUCGACCGCGCCGGCUUCAUCGACUUCGCGCUGCUUCUUGGGACCGACUUCUCCCAACGGAUCAAGAACGUCGGCCCCGCGCGCGCACUGCGGUUCAUACGCGCGCACGGCUCCAUCGAGCGCAUGCUGGAGUGCGAGCCGCGCUACCCGCCGCGGGUAGAUCUUACGACGUAUCUCAGCCAGGUCAGUCUGGCGAGGGCGGUCUUCCAGACGUUACCGCCGACGCCGGAUGCGGACCUGCUUCAGCCGAGAGAGUACGACGAGGAGGAAGUGAUGCGAGUGUUGGGCAAUUACGGACUCCACCGUGAGGCGAUGCAGGAAUUCGAUCAUACCUCCGCAUUGUCUGGCAAUUUCUUCAGCGAUGAUCCUUCUGCGACAUGACCCUGGACCAUGACGAUGCACUGCUGUGAUAUAGACUGUAUACUAAUAGCUUACUAGUAGCACGUACCAGCGCGCUUGAUCCUUCGAACCCGCUUGCAGCGCCCAAUCGAGAUAGCAUUCUGAGCAAACCGUAUGAUGUUGUAGACAUGUACCAGGGGUAUGAUCUUGACAUAUGUUCGAAAUCUACGCGACUUGGUCCUAACCGGGCA